AUGCAAUAAGAUAAUUAACUUCAAGAAGCAUAAAUUAUAGAAGAUAUAAUAAUUGAAGACUUCUAAAAAGUUAUAAUAUCAUUAACAGAUGCCUAAGUUGCCAUAAAUUAUUUUGAAGAUGAUCCUGAAAAUCCUAAAAUAUUGGUAUUCCUUAAUUUAGUAAUCUAAUCUCUAAAUCAAUCCAAAUUGAAUUAUUAAUCAAUCAUUACUAAAUAUUCAAACUUAAUGACAAAAAUUAAAUUGAUUAAGCAACAUGUCAAAGAAAUAUGUUCAGAAAUUAAGAUCUAAAUAAAAUUCAAUACAAUAAUUGAUGAAUAUCUCUCUUUCUUUACAAAUAAAAUAUUAGAUCAAUAGAUUGCCUUAGAAGAUAAGAAAUAAUUUAAUGUAUCUUAAAAAGAGUCUUCUAAUGUUUCAGAUCUUUUAAGUAGUCUUCCUUAAGAAAAAUGGAAUCAUGAUAUCUUUAUAUCAAAAGAAUAAAUAGUAGCAAGUCUAUUGUAAAAUUUAUAAUAAUUUUAGGAAGAGAAAAGGAAAGCUAUUUUUGGAAAUGUAAAUGCUUUGGAUUAAUACAGUCACAACAAAACCUAAAGUUGAAGAUUAUGGAAAACCUUUGUACUUGAGAGCAAGUUACAAAUCUGAUUUGAUCUUCUUUGGUGUUGCAGUGUGUUUAUGCAUAGUUGUUGCCUAUUUCAUGAGUUAAUGAU